CUAACGUUUCAUGAAUGAGACCCAUUAUGUUUUGAACCUUUAAAUCUAGGAUGAUCAUUGAACUGAAACUACCCCUAGUUUACAGUGAUGCCAGCUGAAGGGUGGCUGCUUCCACAUCCGUAUCUGACAAAGGACCCCUCCUCUGCGCCUGCGCCUUGCACCCUCGGCCAGGGUGGUGCGGCUCUGCUCCUGCGCCUUGCAUCUCGGCCAGGUGCUUCACUAAGGGGGUAGAGAGCAACGAUGGCAAGGCUUCAGACAAUCAGCGAGGGGGAGAUCCAGCAGAUGAGCAGUGUGCUGCAGUCACGAGUGGUGACGGAGGUGGUGGCACAGGUGCAAAGCAUGCUGGGACAACGGCAGUCCGCCACACUGGACAUCGCGGUCACGGGGGAGUCAGGCUCAGGGAAGUCCACCUUCAUCAACGCCUUCAGAGGCAUCGCUGAUGACGAUGAUGACCCCAGGGCGGCAAAGACCGGUGUGACAGAAACUACCCAGGAGAUCAUAGCAUACGACCACCCCACUGCGCCUACCGUCCGUUUGUGGGACUUGCCGGGCAUCGGGACGCCCACUUUCCAACCUCAGCGUUAUCUGGAGGACGUGGGGCUGACCAAGUACGACUUCUUCAUCAUCGUGGCGUCAGAGCGCUUCAGGGAGUGUCAUGUGACACUGGCCAGCUGCGUGGCGCAGGCAGGGAAGAAGUUCUACUUUGUGCGCAACAAGGUGGACAACGACCUGGAGGCCUCCGCCCGGAGGAGGGGGCAUAUGGGCUUGAGCGAAGAGGCCGUUUUGAGGGAGAUACGAGACAACUGUAAGGCUGGCUUGCAGAGGAUCGGGGCGGGGCAGCCCCAGGUCUUCCUGCUCUCCUGCUUCCAGCCGCAGCGCUUCGACUUCGCCCUGCUGCACGAGACCCUGGAGAGGGAGCUGGAGGGUCAUAAGAGGCACGUCUUCCUGCUGGCGCUGCCCAACCUCACCGCUGCCGUGCUGGAGAGGAAGCAGCAGGCGCUGGCCGGGAGCGUGUGGCAGACGGCGAUGGCGGCUUGUCUGAGUGCCGCGAUGCCAGGGGGCGCUGUUCACAGCAGCGUGCCCAUGCUUAUGAGCACCCUGCAGUCCUUCCAGCGUAGCUUCGGCUUGGACACCAACUCCCUGCUCCGGUUGGCCAACAUGACGGGAAAAUCCUCUCAGGAGCUCUACGGAGAGGUGCGCUCCACCUCCGGCAGGGAUCUCUCAAGGCAGACUGUGGAGGGCAUGCUGUCCCAGGUGGCAUUGGGCCAGCAGGUCCUGUCGGCUCUGCUGGAGAGUCGGAUCCCGGUGCUGGGCAACAUCAUCUCAGGGGGCGUCUCCUUCAUGGCCUCGUACAGCCUACUGAAGUCUGCCAUCAAGGACCUGCGUGAGGACGCCGAGAGAGUGAUGCACAGAGCUCUGGAUGGGGCAGACAACACCCGAGAGGACGUUCCGGAUCCAGGAUAUUUUUAUGCGGACUAAGGGAGCCAAAUGUGACCCCGGGGAUUUGGCUGGGUGAUGCUGGGAGGGGAACCCUACAGAGGACUAUGUAUUAAAACUGCAAAUGGGAUGCGGAUUGAAUUAGGCCUGGACAUUGUUGUACAGCAAUAAUCGAUCGUGAACACAGACAUUUUCCAGCGUCGACUUUGUUUUUGGUCAUCCGCCAUUUGAUGUCACUGAGGCAGUUAAAAAGUGUUUUCAAAGAGCCUUUGUUGUUUGGCUUCAGUGUUAUAUGCUGUACAUACAGUAGUAUAUGUAGUCCAACCACUUUCACUGGUCUUUUCUGACUCUGGCCCGUGGAACCAGUUCUGUCAGCAAAAGGUCAAAGCAAGAAUGUGGCUUUUGUAUCUGUUUCCUUUUGUGAUGUCAUUGUGGCUAGGGCUGUCAACUACUCGAGUAGGGAAAAAACUUUUCUUUUCUUUUUCAUGACUUUUUCUUUACAGACUACAAUUUACAUCAUACAAAAACAGAGACAAGGACACAACAACAUAGUCUCCAAAAGCCAGAGAAAAGAGGUGGGUCUUCAGAUGGGAUUUAAGUGUUGGAAUAGUGGAGGCAGUUCUGACAUGGAGUGACAGAGCGUUCUACUGCUUCGGGGCAGCCACUGAAAAGGCUAGAUCCCCUUUCAGUUUAAGCCACAAACGUGGAACUGGUAGUUGGGUAGAGGAUCUGAGCAAUCUGGAGUUGGAGUGUCAGAAAAGCCAGCAUUUAGCCAGUGGUCAUCCAGCAUUUGAUUUCUCUGAGGCAGUUAAAAGUUGUUUUUAAACAGCCUUUGUUGUUUGGCUUCAGUGUUAUAUACAGUACAUACAGUAGUACAUGAUCAAAUUACAUUGUAACCAGGGCAACAUGAAAGAAAUAUGCAGUCAGAGCUGUUGUUCAUGAAUCCAGCUUACACUAUUAAUUGUUCUAAAGUAUUAAAUCAUUGUUCACUGGUAAA